UGGGGCGGGUAGCGCCAAGUUGUCAGGGACGCUCCGAACAACAAACUAUACGCUUUGACAGCGUCCGGUAUUUAUCCAUGUUCAUGCGUUCAUUUGACUCGACGGACGAACGGACUAAUAAACUUACGACGGACUAAAAUCUUAUCGUAUAAAUCGAAUCCGUACAGAACAUGAGCUAAUAUGGUGUGUCAUGCUUGAUUGCUGAUAGAGCCCCAGUGUUACCCGAAUAGAACGCCAUCGAGUUAGAGACUCAAGAGUAAUAUAUGCUCGUUAACGUAAAUACAGGUAAAACAACGACGCAUAUCGAUAGGAAAACGUCACGCUACACGGGACAAUUUGUCAGCCAUUGAUUAGGCGGAAUUUUUUUCGCGAACUUAGCGAUUCGUCUAUGCAAAAGCUUACUGCCGUUGCGUUGUUACUGAAACCAUUACUGUGUUAAUCGACCGAGCAUACAAAUUAUUUAUGCUUUUUUUUUCAUUCUACUUUACCACGUCGACUAGGCUUAACUGCAAGAGUAAAUAUUAAGCUUAUUAGAUUCCAGAUGAACAGCAUUCUGGCAUCGUUCAUAUGCAUUAUCCAUGAAAACAAACCUAUGUCCCUAUUUCCACGAAGUCGACAAGACCCGCAUCUCUCUACAGGAGCCAUCCGAAUAAUCGCUUCGAGCAGAAAAUGUACACUCGGUGGCCAACUAGUUGUUACCCGCGGCGAUCGAAACUGCUUAACUGAACCUCUUAAGCAUUAGCCCGGGUUUCGUCAGUAUAAGAGAAGCUCUCCAACAUGUUAGCGGACAUCCAAUUCCGACUGUUUUAGAUGAACCGGAACACCAAACAGAAACGCACAAACGUGCCUCUGUAGUGCGAGGCGCAAUGACAAGGAGCUAGCACUUUCUAAAAGGACUCCAAAGAGUAGACCAAUUGUAACUCUAACUAGUAACAGGAUCUCCUAACGGGUAGCUUUAGUAGACUGGAAAAGCGAGGAUUUCUAUUGAAGGAAUAAUGCAACCUCUUUUAUUAAAGUUUAUGCUUGCUUUGUUGCCUUCGACGUAAACUCAUCUAAUUGAUCUUAGCACAAAUGAACUUGACGGAGCUUUCUUAAGCUUGCUGCAUUACCAAUGAUCUGAAUAGCUUUUGUUGUACACCUCGCAUGUGUGGUGGUUGACCUCGUUGAUCUACUCCAUCCGCACUAUAUCUUGCGAAAACAGUUUUCAAGUGAAAUUCGAAAUAUAUCAAAAGAGAGAGCUGUAUGAUCGGCGACCAUGCAGGUUCGUCAGUCACGUGCCCUGCACAAAGCGCUCAACCUUUCCUGCUCGUUUCGUCCGACUCUGCGUCAUCUACGUGUUCGGCAAGCACCAACUUGAGUACAUAUGAGAGUCUAUCUGACGACUCCUAGAAAGAAAUUCGUGAAGGUGUAAGUUAUAACACUUUCCAACGUAUACGUUUCCAAGAUGGCCGUAGACAUAGAAUAGGAUAUUCAAACAGUUUUGCGUCAGCGAGAUGGCCGCGCUUCGGCCUGACGGAUUUCAUCGUCAUCUAUUUCCUGUGCUCGUUCACUGCCGUUGUAUUUUGUGUCCUCUUAACGGUUGUUCGCUUUUCGCUGUAUAGCCUUUCUUUUUUUUUACCAAAUAUGCAAUUCUCCCAUAGAAACUAUUCAUCGCAUGACCAUGAUUAGUUGUAGUUGUUGCCACUGCUAUUGUUGCGGCGCGACAUCUCGUGCCUUGACACGAUACAACACGCGCAUACGGACAGCAGCUGCUGCUACUUCUGCCUUUGACCCGAUGUUUCUAUCAACUUGUUCAGUUCAGCAGCGGUCGAUGUCGAUAGGCCCCUGGUUGUUUCAGUCUGCCCGGUUGCCUGCCUGAGCCAGCCGUCCACCGCCGCAGCCGGCACCGGUGCUAGUCUGGUUUCUUGCUGGGUCGGCUGGUGCCUCCACAAGAGCGAGAGGAGCCACCCGCUCGGCCGUGGACAUUGCACUAGCGGCCCCUUUGAGAGAGGGUACAGUGAGCGCCUUCGCGGCCAUAACAGUAGCCAUAUGUGUAUUUUUGCCUGAGCUUCUCUUGCGAGACAGGAGUUGAAUAAUCGAUCAUUAGCCUUUUUUUACGCGCAUUUAUAACAGUACGUUCACUUUUGUUUAAGAAUAAACUGCAAAUUAGCCGUGGAACACUGAGAAAGCUCGAUUUUGUUCGACUGCAUUCUAUUUUUUUUUCACUGGCCCGUCUUUAUCUGUUAUCAGUUGCUAGGUUUCUUCAUUUAAUAGAUACUACAAUAAAAAAGAAGUAUAAGUAUCUUACUCAUGGUAAUCUACGCUGUUGGUUGUCUUCGGCGAGUAUGAGCUUUGUCCUGCUCAGAAUGAUACUUGUGUCAUAUUGAAUCGCACCUUAUCCACACAAUAAGUAAUCAUCACUGUAAGUGCCCAGAAAUAUUUUGCUUACCGACUUUGAGCAACCAUUUCUGCGUAUACAAUUUAUCUGCUCAAAGUGAAACCAAUUUCAUACAGCGUUGAGGUAGCAAAGCGGCGUUUUCCAUCGGCCCAUCACCGUGUGCCGCCAUCCGCCACACCCCCUCUUGCGUCCAUAGUUUUUGCGGCUGACGUCUCUUCCUCCAUGCAUUUAGCCUUCUGGUGGCAGGCAGUAGCAGUCUUGCUUGUCCUGUGCUGCUGAGGUUCGUCACCCCCCAAGUUCUCGCCAAUAAGCUAGGCACUUUUCUACCCAGACUCGGGUACGCCCAAAACGUUCAUAGGCUUCUCCAUAUGCUGUAGACAGACGUGCAGACAUUAUUUCUCGCUUAUUGUGUGCGUGUUGACUGGGUUCAGCUGCACAACGGAGGGAAUAGUGGAAUUGAAAUGAUGUGCCUUUUGCUGCUACUCCUCAUCGCUGCUUUCCUAUUGCGGCUACGAUAGCGACGGCUCCAAAAUACAACUAGCACCGCUGUAGCAGCCAUGCGGCUGCCGGGAGCUGCCCGAGCUAUGCGCCUAUCUGGCACAGCAGCAAGUAACGUCUGCAUAUAGAGACCUGUGCAUUUAUUGCGCUGAUGCGUGAACGGUUGGUGCACGUACAAGUUCGGAAUUCUCACAAAGUUUGCUUCACUACUCCCACUGGACUUCGCCAAUUUGACAGGACAGGUUUGACAUUCGUGGACACCAAGAUUGUGUCGGUUCACGAGUCGUUGCGAAGACGCGAAGCAUUAAAAAACGGUAAAUAUGAGUCGAGCUUGAAGAAAAGUUCGUUUCCAGUACGUCUCCCUCCGGAGGAGCCGGAACCACCCCGCACGAAGAAAUAUUUCUUAUCGAAAUUUGGGCUUCAAAACGUGCAGCGUCAACAAAAAAUCUUCGAAGAUCUCCGACCAUCAAAGACAUUUCUCGAGGAGGUUCCAUUCUCAUCAAUAACGGGCCGUAGGGUAAUGAAGCUGAGACCCACUAACGUCAAUCCGAAUGAAGCACCUCGCUACGACCGGUACGUGAAUCGGAAGUGCGCACCACCUUUGGACUGCAUCACGUACCCGAAUGUUUAUCGUGGUGGCGAGUACCCACAAGCGGCACCAAUUCGACUUUAUCUGUUCGGCAAAAGGCCGAAGGAUGAGCUGCUCUUAGUGAAAAGGCUUCGACCCUUUGACCGGCUCUCAAGGCGCUCCUAGGACCCACUCAGGUAUCAGAUAUAGAAGGGAUCAAUUAGAACAACUAGUUCACGCGAUUACAUUUCUGCGAUACACGACAGAUCUGGCCCAUGAGGAAGCUGUUUGGUACAAUUCUGCUAUUGUUGAACUUGAUUACGAUGGCCAAUCAUAAUUGUAAGGCUCAAAAGGACAAUAGGCCCAGGACAAUGUACUGCAUGAUUUUAUUACAUUAUCGCGAUAAUUGUUAUAAUUGUCAUUCUAGCAACAUGCCUGAUAGCAGAAACAGGAAACAACAGUAGUACUAGUAAGAGGAGGAGUAACGAUAAGAUCAACAAAGUGGCCCCUGAACAGUGAAAUAACGACAUAAUGAUGGAUGGCCAUUGGGCCUACGGAGCGCCCUGCUGGUCGCUCAUUCCAAAUGCACCUGUAGAUCCAUUUCUAUAAAUAUAAAUACGAAUAAUAAUCAUAACAUUAUAAAACUAUAUGGUGAGCGCAAACUGUAAGGUGCAACAAUAUUUCAAUGUGCUAUGCUUUUCACUCCAUCCUGAUGUGCCUUCCUGACCCUUCUUACUGUACACGUUCCUUUUAGAACAAUCUUGCCUUACUCGUUGUUUUUUCUUCAUGAGGCACAUCAUGCACCGGGUACGUAGCAUAAUAGUAAGUGAUGAUAAUUGAUGAAUCAUGAGUAUGUUUCGUCUGGAAGGACGUCCUUGAAAAAAAUGGAAUUGAUUAGCUUUUCAUGGACCACAACAAGGCAUAGUUUCAUCCUUGAGAUUUCUGCUACUAAUUGAAAUUAACAGGAUCAGUGUGUUUGGUGCAGAAGACAUUUAAUCUUAACUCACCAUUCAACUAGAUGUAAUACGUACAUAGAUAGAACCGCAACGUGUUUAUAGAUGUAUUAUAUAUUUAUAUCAAUGGAUUGUUAACCCAUAACGAGUAGCGGGUUUAAAAAAUUCAGUCGUUUUCCACUAAUGUAUAAUAGUAAUAUAAUGGCCAAAAGCUCUUAGGUCCAUAGUGAUUAUAAUUAGAGCGAGCUAACUAUAAUAACUCAUUCAAUUUACUAUUGUUCAUUUACUGCCUUUGCACACGAUCCACCUUAAAGUUCUAAAAACUAUUUGCUCAUUCAUCUUGCAAUCUAUACCUACUCAGGGAGUGUUUAUCGUGUCUGAUAUCGUGAUGAUCUGUGAGAAAACCAAUCUGUCACUGCAUUAUCGCAUGUACUCACGCAGCCAUUCGUUGGAAAGGUCGAUCGAAUGAUGACUUUUUGUUUACGCUAUCUGCGAUUAUGUGAGGAUCAGGCAUCACUUUUAUUUUUUUCCCUAACUCCUUUUGCGCCCCUUUCACGCUCCCCCUACCUCCUAAUUCUCGUCCCCUCAUUAUUUAGUAUCGUUGCUGGUCAUACCAACCAGCUUCGAAGCCCGUUUAGCAAGCCCACAGCCGCCCUAACGUCCGAUGUUUUAAACAUCUGCUCGAACGCUCCAACCAAACACAAUUUCAACAAAUCUCGAUCAGCACUCAUCACUGGAAGCGAUGUAUUGUAAACACCGCACCCGUGUUGCUUAUGUAGUCUCGGCAAAUGUUUGUAUAAAAAAAUGGUGUAUACAAGAAAAAGAAAAUGCUGUGAGAUUACUUAUAGGAGACAGAGGAGGAAGUGCUGUAAAAAUGAUGGAGCUGAUUAUACUCCGUAGAGCUGAGUAGUAUAUAGCGGGCAUGGAUUGAAGGUCCGUGCUCGCCCAAUGUCGAUCAGUCAGUCAAUACGACGACAAUACAAACUAAUAGUGCAUAUGACAUAAAACACUUUUGCAAAUUGCCAAAAAAUGAGUUGGAUCCAAAGUUUGCAAAGCGCUGGGAUUGAAGUUACGCGACAAAUCAGUUUCUUCUCAACUAGUAAAAUGUACGUAGAGACAAUAAUACAAGAUAAGCAAGUAACAAGGGAUGUAUCUACAACUGGCAACAACUUACGAUAACAGAAAAAUGAUGCCAAUGCAAACAUAUGACGACGCCGCCGCCGCUCGGAAGACCAACAAAUGACGUUAACUUCUAAUCAAAACUCACCGCCUUGGUGAUGCGUAUCUGUGAAUGAAUGUAAAUGUAGGGUGUGGCCAUUUAUGUUAACUAUUACUAUUAUUAUUAUAAAAACGAAUAGUAUAACAUUAAAGAUGCUAAUACUACAAGGUAAGUGAUGAUUCCUGGUAAGUAGUACAUUUUUGACGUGUACAGCCACAGGAACAGCCUGGAUUCACGUUACAUUGUUGUAUACUUUGUAUAUAGAACGUAAAAGCUUUCACGCAAAAACGAAAAAAAGAGAAUAAAUACUCUUUUGUAAAUUUAAAAAAAAAAUCGCAAAUUAGUGAUUUAUAUAGAAAAAUGAUACAAAACGUGUGUUCACUUUUAUCGAAAGGAAGGGUAUAAGCUAUUAUGGGAGUUGCGGCUAUCACAAGAAUUAGGCAGGUGAAAGUAGUGAAAACUAUAGAUGUAUAGAGAUUUCAUGAAGAGGCUAUCUCAUCGCCUGUAGCUUAAUCAGCGGCCUUUAGCAGGAAGGAGUCCAGGAACGAUACACUUGGGAUUUCGUGUUUCCAAGGCAGGUCUAUCACCUGUUUUUACAUAUCUGUACAUAUUGGGCGCAGUAUUCAGAUUCAGACGGAUUCUGGUUGGAUGUUUGAUUUGGAAGCUAUGUGUUCCUCCACUUGAGUACCAGAGGUAGGCCAGUUCUUUCCAGAACACUGGAACAGACCCGUCAUGAUGAUGCGUUGUUUUCGGAAUUCACGGAACAAUAAGCUAUUGCCUUCAGUCAAGCAAAACGUCAGCCAAAGGGAAUCUUUUGUUUUUGUUUGAAAUCGACAAUUAUUGCCAAUUUUUAUGCGAUUCUUGACAAAUCCGAGAAAGGUUCUUACAACACAAGCCGAGAGAUUUAUAGAUUGAAGAACGAAUGUUUUGAAAAUGAAUGAGUGGUUUAGGUGUAUAGUUAGAGAUCCAAUCGCCGUGAAUAACGGUUGUAUUAAAUAAACAUGACCAUUUAGAGCGGCAUUUCUGGCAUGAGCAAAAAAAUCGGGAUUUACUUGCCGCACGCUGUACGU